AACAGUUUYAAAGCUURACUAAUACAUCUAAGCGUGUGAAAUUUGGAAGCUCAUUUAUGACUGAAAGAAGGCAUUACCAAAACAUUUCCUUGAGGCCCCAUGCAUCUUGAAUCAAAACAAAAAGAUGUGACAAUGUUCUUAACAGUGAUUCUAUCUCUGCAACUCAUUUCAACCUCAAGCGCCCUUAAUUAUUGCAACAGAACGAAGGAAGAAUUACUGGUCUACAUCAAAACACAGUACAAUAAUAACUUCCGUCCAAAUGUUACAGGAGGACCAGUACAGGUGGAAACCGAAGCGCACGUGUUUGCAAUGGGUGCAUUCGAUGAACAAAAAAUGGAAUUCUCCCUUGACAUGAUGUUUAGACAGCGAUGGUUCGACGAGAGGCUGUGUUACCGGCCUGAUCCUGGCAAAGACGAGAGUCAAAGAUUAGUACUAAUCCCAUCYUAUAUGGAYRCAAUAUGGCGACCAGACAUCUUCUUCAAGAACAGUAGACUUACAGAGUUUCAUAACGCGCCAUCUCCAAACGUAAUGCUUGUUGUGUCGCCAUCUGGAAAGAUUAUUUUAAGUCUCAGGAUAACAUCGAUAUUGAACUGUCAAAUGGAUUUUCGUCGAUUUCCAUUUGAUAAACAGCAUUGUGAUUUUGAGAUCGGAAGCUAUGCGAAUACAGAAGACGAUGUAAUUGUUCGRUGGAAAAGAGGCAAGGGUGUAAUAUUAUCUGAAAAUGUAGAGGUUCUUCAGUUUGUUAUAGCCGACGUGACAAGUACUGACAAGAAAGGAGUCUAUAAUACGGGAACAUUCUCCGAGCCCAAGACCACGUUUAUAUUCCAUCGUCGAUUAAUGAAUUACAUUUUUGGGUACUACGUCCCAGCGUUUCUUAUUUUCAUACUGAGUUGGAUUUCAUUGUGGAUUGAUCCUCGAUCGGUGCCUGCCCGGGUCUCCCUCGGUAUAAUAACCAUCUUGGCAAUGGGUAGUUUUCUGAACAAUAGCAGUGGUCCGAAAGUAGCUUAUGCGACCGCCCUUGAUGUCUACGUCAUUACUUGUUAUGUUUUUGUGUUUGCAAGUCUCUUGGAAUAUGCCUUGGUGCAUUAUGGGUUGACCUAYUGUGAGAAACUUGGAAUUGAUGAGAAUCAACCCCUGUAUCCKCUUCCUGAAUUUAAAGACCAAAAUGGCAACGCUAUCGCUGAUGCUACAGUGAGAUACAACGAAGCUACAGGAGAAACAACAUUUCCAAUCGAAGAAAAUACAGARAGAAAUAUAUCGGUCAAUAAGAUGCAGAAAUACAAAAUGAAAUAUUUACAAUUCAAUGCAUAUUCCUUGGAGAACUACGCUCGGAUUGGACUUCCCAUCGCAUUUGUUAUCUUUAAUUUCGGAUACUGGAUUAUGUACGGACUUAAGACGGGUUAGUGACAAUAUGAUGCCUAUUGAAAAAAAUAUCGUAUAAAGACCUACGAAUAAAAGAUACUCUUUGGGAAAGUCUUGGGGCCAUUCCAAUAAGGAAGACAAUAAGUUCUGCAACGAAACUUUUAAACAGAUGGUGUUGCAGAUAAUCAUUGCAAUGAAUGGCAUAUUAGAUUCUUAGAAACCUUCUUUCUGGUACAACACACCAUUGGAAAAACUAKGGGUUGUUGGAGCAGAAACAGUGCAACUCCAUUAAACGUCCUGUCCUAGUCAGCUCAUGUAGACCAGUCAAAGACUAUUGUUAUCUUAGAUUCAAUUGUAUGUGACACACUGUAUUACAAUGUGUCGAUUUAAAGAGACAAAUUCGUGCAAUAUAUAUACAUAUGACACAUGUGUAUAUAACGUUAUUAUUUGUUUUCAAAUAUUAACAGUUUACAUGCAAGAAAAAAGUCACAUAUCCAUCAUGGACUUUAGYUUUACCUAUCGUAAUGUGUCCAAUUAAAAGCAUGUGAAUCAUC